CGCCAGGCGGCUAGGGAGAAAGAUGGAGGAUGGAAGUGUCUGUACUUCGCGUAAUGCGAAGUCAGACGCCCAAAAGAACAUUAAUAGUACCCCUAAUGCGGCAAUUUCCAUAGAUGCUGACACAAUAAUAAACACUAAAAAAUUUAGUCCCCAGGUUGAAGGAGGAAAGACGGAUGAGGAGCUUCUAAAGGGGCUGCUCACAGACAGUUAUUGCCAUGUGUGCUGCUCCAAGCUGUUGGUUGAUUCUCACCGCCAGUCCCACUAUGAAGGAAAGAGACAUGCUCAGAAAGUCAGGGUAUACCUUAAGGCUGUGAGAGCAGAGAAGACUGAAGGAUCCCAGCAGACCAUGCCGAAUGAUAAAAACCGUUUCUGCAAGCUGUGCAACAUGGUCUUUAGUUCCCCCGUGGUGGCAAAGUCGCACUAUGAAGGCAAAGUCCAUGCAAAAAAUCUACGGAAACUAAGUCUUCAUCAGCCCAACACAGAAGUGCUUACAUGGCCACGCCUUUCUAAGGGUCCUGAAAACUCUGACCAGAAAUUGUCUUCAGAGGGUGACAAGCAGCUUCAUCUUGACCCAGUAGCUGCCACAGCUUCCCUGAGCACCGAUACGGAUCCCAACAAGUACUGCUCCCUUUGUUCUGCCUCCUUUAACAACCCUCAGAUGGCCUUGCAGCACUACAAUGGACGCAAACACCAGAGGAAGCAGGCGAGGCAGAAGCUGCUCAACAAGCUUCGGGAUAAUGUACAUCAAGCCAACUCGCUGAUGUGCAAGAUGUGCGAUGUGCAACUAAACUCCGUGGAGAUGUACCAGGCUCACAUGCAGGGAAACAAGCACCAGAUCAGGGAGAAGAAGGUCAGCAACCUUUGCAAAUCCCAGCCAAAAGUCUACAGUACGUUUGCAGACGAGCUGGCUGAUUACAUUGAAGUUCAGAAGGCACGUGGGAUCACCCCAAAGCCUAACCAAGUUCCUCUUCAAGAUGGCACACCACAGGAGGAUGGAGAGGAGGCAGAAAGAAAACAGGAAGCUUUAGAAACGUGGGAUUUGAUGGAUACAAAGCAAACUGUGCCUAUUAUCCCCUGUAGUUCCAGUCUCCCGAAACAGCCCCACCCUGGGACAUGGCAUCCUUCAUUUCCAGGCCCACCCUGGCCCGCCCAUGGCUGGGACUACAACUGUUCUCCCCCACUCCCCCCAUGCUCAGGUUCCUCAUCCUUUACUAUAGCACCAAAAAGGAGUGAGCGGUACAGAAGACUUUCCAGUUCCUCCACAUUUUCCACCUCAUCCUCCACUUCGUGUUCCUUCUACAGCUCUCACACAAGUGACAGUGAGGGUAGUGAACACAGACACAGGGAAAAGAGAAAGGUGAGAAUAUCAAAAAGGGAUGCGGCUGAGGGGUCCGAGAGGGAGGAAAGGAGGAGAAAGAGACAGAGGACAGAGCGAGAUCUUGAUUCUGAAGAGGGGAGAAGAGAGGAGUCAUUGGAUUCAGGGGAGGAGAGAAGCACAAAAAAGAUUAAAAGUCAUGGCCACCAGUUUCAAAAAGAAAUAAAAUGCCAACAUGACAACUUUGAUGUGGACAGGGGGGAGGAGACAAAGCACAUAACAGAGAAGAGAGAAGUGAAAGACCUUAACUUACAUGAGAGUGGACAUGACAAGUCUGCCAGACUCAAGUUUAAGAGAGAGAAAAGGAAAACUAAAGACAAAGUAGACACUAGGACAGAGGAGGAGAAGCUGUGGGACGACUCCAUUCUGGGUUGUUAAAUUAGAGGGGUCAGGUGAGCUCUGUUCACUGAACAACCAUUUAAAUUUUCAUAAGACACUAUCAUAUUUAAGUUUUUACUAGAAUAUCAGCUAAUAUAUUCCAAUUAUUGUGUACAGCAAAUUGCAGUGUUUCUAUCCCCUAUCUUUUUGUCAAAAAAUGUUUAGUCUUUGAAUCGCAUCACUACAAUGAGCCAUUUUGAAUUUUAAGAGUUUGUUACUUUGGCAGUAAUUUUAUACAGUGUAAUCCCUGCACCUGUCUGUGGGUGGCGCUGAUGAGCCAAGUUGAAAGGCAGAGGAAAGUGAAUAAAUCACCAGAGACGCUGUAAGCUUAGUAAUGUCAUUCCUUUUAAAGCUUUGGGUGCUGUCACUCACAGAUUCAAAGGCUGAAGGAAGGCUGUAGAGAAGUGGAUAGAGGUUCACCAUGUGCUGCAUGUAUGAAAAACAAAAUGAAUAAAUUCUGAUCCUGAUACAGCGCAGCAGGUCAGAGGCAAACAAAGACAAAAAAACUGUGCCAAGGCAUUUCCUUACCCUACAAUGCACAGUGUGCAUGCUCAUGUGUUGUGGAUGGAUUUGCAUCUCCAGUGUCUGGGGUCGUACAGGUGCUCGGGUUAAAAUGAGGACAGCUCACAGCACAAACCUCAGAAUUCAAGUGUAAAAGCUGUCUGCUAUUAGUUGAACACAUGUAGCGCUCAGUGCCAAAAGGAACAAGGACAUUUUGGGUUUUUGAAAUAAGUUACACAUUAUUCUUGCCACACACAAAUCCACAUAUUAAGAGGGUGUUGAGAGCAGGGGGUCGCCCCAAAUGCUCCAAACUGCCAGUCAGCAGUUUGACAUUACUAUGAAUUUAUGAGAAUAGCAGUUCUAUCUUUAAACUCCUCCAAUUUCCUAUGAAUUAUGCCUGGCCUGCGCUAUUGAGAGCAGAUGCACUGAAAGUGGAACAUUUUAUUGAUUUUUUCCGUUUUUUUGUAAGAGUUUGCAUGUUUGUAGCAAUGUGUGAGAUUAUGAUUUAAUGUGUUCGGUGUCAGUUGGGCCUGUGGUGGCGAUGUCUGUCCUUU